UGUUUCUGCACAUGUGCACAGGCUGUGAAGAGAGAGGGACAGAGUCACAGGAAAUCAGUGAGAAUGCAAAUACAAAGUGCGUGUGGGAGUGAGAGACACAGGGGGAGAGGGAAAUGUCUGGCCUGAGCUGGAACAAAAGCCAGAAGCUCGCAGGCAUGGAGGGACAGGCUGCACCAGUCCAGGGAGGGUAAUUGCAGGGAUCCAUCCCAGUCAGUGCACAUUGCAGGGAUCACAGCUCCUCCAUAGGGAUCACACCUUCCAGCAGGAUCACUGCUGAGGAUAUCCACAAUGUUCUCCAUGAAACAAGCUAAACCUACCUUCAGGUCGUACCUUCUGCCUCCACAGCAUGAAGAUAAACUCAGCCCGGAGACUAAGGUGAAGAAGCUGAAGGUGGUCUUGCUGCCAGGUGAAAUAAUUGUGAAUGAAGUGAACUUUGUCCGGAAGUGCAUUGCAUCAGAUACAAGUGUCUAUGACCUGUGGGGAAAACUGGUGUGCACCAACUUCAAGCUUUCCUUCAUUACAGAUAAUCCUGUGCCAUUUCAGAAAUUCCACUAUAAGAAUCUCCUACUGGGUGAACAUGAUGUCCCACUAACAUGUAUAGAGCAAAUUGUUGUAGUAAAUGACUCAAAGAGAAAGCAGAAAAUCCUUUCAUUCAACAAAAAGUUGAAAUUCAACCCAACAGAGUUAAUCAUUUAUUGUAAAGACUUCCGCAUUCUCCGCUUCCGCUUUGACGAAUCUGGUCCAGAAAGUGCAAAAAAGGUAUGUCUUGCAUUGGCACAUUAUUCUCAGCCAACAGACCUCCAGCUUCUAUUUGCCUUUGAGUAUGUUGCCAGGAUGUAUCACAAUCCAGUGGGUAAAAUCAAUGGUGUCGAUCCAGGAGGUGGAGGAGAUAAUGGUUCAAAAACGCCACUAUUUGAAACUUUUUGUGACUGGGAUCGAGAGAUCAAGCGAACCCGAGCCACUGACUGGAGAGUGUGUUCUGUAAAUGAAGGCUACAUGAUCUCAAAAUGCCUUCCAGAAUACUUUGUUGUUCCAUCCUCUUUGGCAGAUACAGACCUAAAGCAGUAUUCAUACUCGUUUUUUGGAAGACGCAUGCCACUGUGGUGCUGGAACCAUUCUAAUGGAAGUGCUCUUGUGAGGAUGGCGAGCAUCAAGGACCUGUUACAUCAACGCAAAAUAGACCAAAGGGUGUGUGGUGGAAUCACCCGUAGUCACCCACUGAGGAGUGAUGUUUACAGAUGUGACCUAGACCAUGGCCUCCCAACUAUUCAGGACAUUCAGGGUGCUUUCAACAAGCUCAAGCAGUUGUGUGUAAACGAACCAUAUGAAGAAACGGAGGAGCGGUGGUAUUCUUCCCUGGAAAACACACGAUGGUUGGAGUAUGUCAGGGUGUUUCUGAAGCAGGCGGCGGAGCUGGUCUAUGUCAUGGAUUCCAGGAGACUUUCUGUUGUCAUUCAAGAAGAGGAAGGUCGGGACCUCAGUUGCCUGGUGGCCUCUCUUGUCCAGCUGAUGUCAGAUCCGUAUUUCCGGACCGUUGUUGGAUUUCAGAGUCUCAUACAGAAAGAGUGGGUCAUGGCUGGCUAUCCAUUUCUUGAUAGGUGCAACCACUUGAAAAAAUCUGCCAAAGAGUGUCCCCUGUUUGUGCUGUUCCUGGACUGUGUUUGGCAGCUGCAAGAGCAAUACCCAGCAGCUUUCCAGUUUACAGAGACCUAUCUAACUGUGUUGCAUGACAGCACAUGCAUCUCACUCUUUGGAACAUUUCUUUUCAACUGUCCCCACCAGCGUGUUCAGCAAAGUACAGAGUUUGCUAUAGGGAAAAAUAUUCAACUGGGAGAUGAAAAAGGCUUGAAAUUCCCCUCCGUGUGGAACUGGUCUCUGCAGUUUUCAGCAAAGGAUCGCACUCUGUUCAAUAACCCUUUAUACAUUGGAAAGAGCGUGCCCAACGUUCAGAAUGAAAAUCCUAAGUUUUUUAAAAGGACAAAGCACUGGGCAUCUCAGACGACACGAAGUGUUCCAGAACAGUCCCAUGGGAGUGUCAAACCAAAUAAAAACUACAGUUCUACGUUACGGGGAAUGCCAGCUUCCCUGAAGAACGGUUUUCCCCAGCCAGAGAUCAUGCCACGUAGGAACUCUUUGAUACUGAGGUUGAAGCCUGAACUUGUUCACCAUGUGCCAGAAAUCCAGAACAAUGGACUAGAACAAUACAUUAGAGACUGGUUUUCCAAGCCAGUAGACCUGCAUGGAGUCUUGUUACCAAAGUUAAAUGGACCAGACCUAAAACUGUGGAAGCUCUGCUACCUUCGAUGGGUUCCUGAGGCUCAAAUUAACCAUGGUGGCUUCAUCACUGCUUUCCAUAAAAUUUCCCUACUGGCAGAUGAGAUUGAAAUGCUGCAGACAAGCCUCCGUCAGUACCGAUCGUACCCACUGUCUCAGGCCACUUCCCCAGAAAAUGAACAAAGCCGAAUGUUUUUCCGGUCCGAUGACUUGCACAGUAGCUAUGAAAGUUUGGACUUCCUCUCUUCUUCCUUCCCUUUCUCUCCAGUCGGGAACUUGUGCCGCCGCAGUAUACUGGGGACUCCCUUAAGCAAGUUUUUAAAUGGUGCCAAAAUUUGGCUUUCCACAGAAACACUUGCCAAUGAGGACUGAGGAACAUUUCACUGGUAGCUUAGGUAACCAAGUGCUGCAUUUUCCCUUUAGCCAGACACUGAUUUUUUUUUUAUUACAUUUUUUGCACAUAUGCUAAAAAAGGAGAAUUUUACGCACAAUGUUGCAGGAAAAGCAGUCACAGGUGCAGUCCUUCAUAACUGGAUAUGCUUUUUCUUUUUUACAUAAUCAGAUUUGAUGCAGACAGUGAUGUGAUAUUAUAGAAGGUAUGGGGGUGUUGACCGUGGCCCUUUUUUUUUUUUUUUAUGUAAAGUGUAUUUACCCCUUUUCAGAUGCUAUAAGGCAGGACAUGAAAUUAUCAGCUCUGUACAAUUUUCUCUCUUGUGGCCAUAUAUCUGCAAAAUAAUAAACACCAGCCUACGCAUCAGCCUAGUACAUUAUCUCAGGGGUAAUUAAAUUGUAAAAAAAA